AUGGCUCCUCCCGAACACCCCUUCCCCGUCUCGGAGCUCGACCAGCACGUCCGCUCGCACAGUGUCAAUUACAAGGAGAAAUCGCGCAAACUGCCCCAAGACUUUGACCUGCAGCGCGAUUGCGAGUUGAUGGAACUCGUCCAGUACAGUUGCACCACGGUCAAGCAGCAAUAUGAGAGGGCCCUCGCAAACGGGACGGGGACGGCCAGGAUGGAAUGUUUCCCCAUUGUCAGGCUGUUUAGGAAAUGCGUCAAAGGUGGGAAGGUGUUUCAUGUCGAGACGACAGCGUGGGAAGGGCAACAUGCCUGGAAACCCCCAAAUACACAGCCGACAGUGCACAUGAACAACAGCGACCAAGAAAAGCCUGCGGCGGACGUCUCGUCAGGAAAUAUGGUUACGUCCUACUGGAACUCGCUAUGGUCCAAAAAGUAA